GCGCGCGGCGCGGGGAGGCGGGGCCUCGUGGAGGGUCGGCCCGGCCCCGCCUUCCGGGUCCGGGCACGGAGGCCGGCCGCAAGGGGGCGGGCCUUACAAUGAAGCACAUCAAUUUGUCCUUUGCCGCCUGUGGGUUCCUGGGCAUCUACCACUUGGGGGCAGCGUCUGCCCUUUGCAAGCACGGCAGGAAGCUGCUGAAGGACGUGAAGGCCUUUGCAGGCGCCUCUGCGGGCUCCUUGGUGGCCACCGUCCUGCUGACGGCACCGCAGAAAUUGGAGGAAUGUAAAGCGUUCACCUACACGUUUGCCGAAGAAAUCCGCGGGCAGUCCUUUGGGGCCAUGACGCCCGGCUAUGACUUCAUGGCCCGACUCAGGUGUGGGAUGGAGUCCAUCCUCCCCGCCAAUGCCCACCAGCUGGCCCACCGCCGACUGCAUGUGUCCAUCACCAACACCAGGACCAGGCAGAACUACUUGGUGUCCAGCUUCAGCUCCCGGGAGGACCUCAUCAAGGUGCUGCUGGCCAGCAGCUUUGUGCCCGUCUACGCCGGGCUGACACCGGUGGAGUACAAAGGGCAGAAGUGGGUGGACGGUGGCCUCACCAACAGCCUGCCCAUCCUGCCUGUGGGCCGAACAGUGACCGUUUCCCCCUUCAGCGGGCGCCUGGACAUCUCCCCGCGGGACAAGGGGCAGCUGGACGUGUACGUGAACAUCUCCAACCAGGACCUUGUGCUGUCCAUGGCGAACCUGGUGAGGCUGAACCAAGCCCUGUUCCCGCCCAGCCAGAAGGGGAUGCAGUCGCUGUUCCGCCGUGGCUUCCAGGACGCCGUGCUCUUCUUGCACAGAGAAAACUGGUUCGAGGAGGAGGAGGAGAAGCACUGACGCCACAACAGGCAGCUGUCCAGAGGCGGAUCCAGAGCUGUCCCCUCUCAUGACGAGGAUGGGCUAUCACAGCAUGACUGGGGCCAAGACACGAUCUUUCCUUCU